AGGCGAUGCUGCCAGCAUUUCCAUUCCAUCACCAGGCUGGGGCUGAAUAAAGGCGUGUUUGUGUGUUAGGGUUUCUUUUUCAAAAAAUCUCAAAGCCAAGAACGAGCUGCAAUAGCAUCUGCAAAAAAUGGAGCGUAAAAUAAACAGAAGAGAAAAAGAAAAGGAGUAUGAAGGGAAACACAACAGCCAGGAAGACACUGACCAAGGAAAGAACUGCAAAUCCACACUGACGACCCUCAACGUUGGUGGAUAUUUAUACAUUACUCAAAAACAAACACUGACCAAGUACCCAGACACUUUCCUUGAAGGUAUAGUAAAUGGAAAGAUCCUCUGCCCAUUUGAUGCUGACGGUCAUUAUUUCAUAGACAGGGAUGGGCUCCUCUUCAGGCAUGUCCUAAACUUCCUACGAAAUGGAGAACUUCUACUGCCUGAGGGGUUUCGAGAAAAUCAACUUCUCGCACAAGAAGCAGAAUUCUUUCAGCUCAAGGGGCUGGCGGAGGAAGUGAAAUCCAGGUGGGAAAAGGAACAGCUGACACCCAGAGAGACUACUUUCUUGGAAAUAACAGAUAACCAUGAUCGUUCACAAGGACUGCGAAUAUUCUGUAAUGCUCCUGAUUUCAUAUCAAAAAUAAAAUCUCGCAUUGUUCUGGUGUCUAAAAGCAGGCUGGAUGGAUUUCCGGAGGAGUUUUCAAUAUCAUCAAAUAUCAUUCAAUUUAAAUACUUCAUAAAGUCUGAAAAUGGCACUCGACUUGUGCUAAAGGAAGACAACACCUUUGUCUGCACCUUGGAGACACUUAAGUUUGAAGCUAUCAUGAUGGCUUUGAAGUGUGGGUUUAGACUGCUGACCAGCCUGGAUUGUUCCAAAGGGUCAAUCGUUCACAGCGAUGCACUUCAUUUUAUCAAGUAAUCACCUGUGUCACGAACAAAGGCAACAAGCAUGCAGCCAGCAAGCUUCGGAAAACCACAGCAUCAAAGGCAUCCUCAUAACGUGCCCAGCUCACUCUACUACAGAGACCUGCUGCUAAUCAAUUACUGUGAGCUAACGGUAUGUAAAUUCUAUCGCUAACGUGUCCUUCUCUGGGGUGUUCCUGCUGAACAGACUCUUACAUCUAAAAUGAAAACAGUGAUCUUCUACAUACUGUAAAUAAAGACUGACAGCCUUUGCUAUUUGUUUUUCCUUAAAAUCUGUCUUGGGCACUUACACAAUGAACCAGCAUGUACAUUAUCUAUCGUUCUUUUAAGUAAAUGGUUAAUAAAAUAUUUUAAGGGGCUAUUUAAAGAUUUAAAAUCCUUUCUACUUAUGGCAAAAAUCUACAAAGAAACCGAACCGGUAAAAUUAGCCAUCAAGAGCAAAACUGGUGUACAGAUCUACUAACACAGAGCUAUGGUGAAACAAAAUAAGAUUGUAAGACGGUAUUAAAACUAGUGAUUUAAUUUUUAAUGGGCAGGCACCAAAAGAUUAUUUACACUUCCUGUAUUUCAUACUAAAGUUAUAGCUGAAUUGCUAUUUUGCUGACAAUUUCCAGAAAAUUGUUUGAUUACAAUAAAAAAUAAAUGAAA